AGAAUUCCGAUAAGGAUAACGAAACUCAAAGAUGGCAUUAACCGAGGCCCUCUUUCUGGUGGUUGCCGCCCUGGGAGCGGUGUACGUGUGGUUCCAGCGCAAUCACAGCUACUGGCAGCGCAAGGGAUUGCCUUACAUCCCGCCCACGCCCAUCAUUGGAAAUACUAAGGCGGUCUUCCAGCUGCAGAACUCGUUCGGUUUGUAUCUAUCGGAGCUGUAUAAUGAUCCCCGGGUUAAGGACGAAGCUGUGGUGGGAAUUUAUGCCCUCAAUAGGCCCGGCCUGAUUAUCCGCGAUCCCGAGUUGAUCAAAUCUGUGCUGAUUAAGGACUUUAAUCGGUUCCACAACCGCAACGCCCGCUGCGAUCCUCAUGGAGAUCCCUUGGGCUAUAAUAAUCUGUUCUUUGUGAGGGAUACCCAUUGGAAGGAUAUUCGCACCAAGCUUACGCCCGUAUUUACCAGUGGCAAGGUUAAGCAGAUGUACACCCUAAUGCAAGAGAUUGGCAAGGAUCUGGAGACAUCUCUGCAAAAACAUGGCGAGAAGAGCUCUGGUAAAUUUAUCACCGAGAUUAAGGAAAUCUGCGCCCAGUUCUCCACCGACAGCAUAGCCACUAUUGCCUUUGGUAUUCGCAAUAGCCUGCAGAAUCCAAAUGCGGAGUUCCGUAACCAUGGUCGCAAGCUAUUCACCUUUACAAUACCCCGUGCUAAGGACUUCUUCGUGGCCUUCUUUCUGCCUAAGUUGGUUUCGCUGCUGCGUAUCCAGUUCUUCACACAGGAGUUCGCUCACUUCAUGCGCAACACCAUUGGACAUGUGAUGGCAGAAAGGGAGCGCACCGGCUUAAUCCGCAACGAUUUGAUUGAUGUUUUAGUUGGGCUGCGAAAGGAAGCGGCAGAGGAGCCUACAAAGCCGCACUAUGCCAGAAACAAUGACUUCCUGGUGGCCCAAGCGGGUGUCUUCUUCACCGCUGGCUUUGAGACCUCUUCCUCGACGAUGUCCUUUGCUCUUUACGAGCUGGCCAAGCAUCCGGAGAUGCAGGAACGUUUGCGAAAGGAGAUCAACGAAGCUCUGGUGGAAGGCGGCGGAACUUUGUCCUACGAGAAGAUCCAAUCCCUGGAGUAUUUGUCCAUGGUGGUGGAUGAGGUGCUGCGUAUGUACCCAGUGCUCCCGUUCCUGGACCGAUACAACAGCAUUGAGGGUGAGCCGGAUUUGUCGCUGAAGCCAUUCUAUGAUUUUACGUAUGAGAACGGAACCGCUGUUUUUAUACCAAUCUAUGGACUGCAUCAUGAUCCCAAGUACUGGACCAAUCCCAGCAAGUUCGAUCCGGAGCGUUUCUCGCCCGAAAAUCGUAAAUCGAUUGUGGCCAUGGCCUACCAGCCCUUCGGAACUGGCCCCCACAACUGCAUCGGCAGUCGCAUUGGACUGCUGCAGAGCAAACUGGGACUGGUGCACCUGCUGAAGAACCAUGCAGUAAGGAAUUGCGCCGAUACCAUGAAGGAGAUGAAGUUCGAUCCCAAGGGCUUUGUGCUGCAGGCUGAGAGUGGAAUCAACCUGGAGGUAGUCAAUGAUUGUCUCUACGACAAGAGUGCAUCGCCGGUGCAGUGAAUCUGUGAACUCUAGACCUAAAUCUAAUAUAAUCGUAGAUAGUGAGUGACGAGAUAAUCGCCUGCCUGUCGUUUUACCAAUUAUACAAUAAUCCGCGCCAGAAACGGCGCUUCGGCACUGGUAAAUAAAAACAAAACAGAAAAAUUAUCAAAUUAAAUGUAAUCUGUUGAGCUCUCGGUUAGAGAGUCUAUAAAAUUACGCCACCAAUAAAUAAAUGUAAUCUACAUCUAAUA